AUGCAUUCAUCAUUAUUUCGAAAGCAUCUUCAUGAAAGAUAUUGUUCAUUACCAUCAAAUUUAGAACAAACAACAUCAUCAUGUCCAUCAACACCUCCUAUGUCAACAUCAUGGAUCGAACCUCCACAAUUUGUUUUAUGUCUAAUGACUAAUGAACAUCGUAAAGAAGUUUUUGAUCUUGUUAUUGAUACAUUUUUUCGUGAUGAACCAUUAAAUAAAUGUUUAGCAUUUGAAAUACCUCAUGAACCAAUUGAAUUUACUGAACUUAUUGUUUCACUUGCAUUACAAGAUCAAUGUUCAUUUGUUGCUAUUGAUAUUCAAACACAAAAAAUUAUUGGUGUUAUAUUAAAUAUAAUAAAACAUAAUUUAUCAACAACAAAAAUUGAUAAUCAAGAUAAAUUUGAUUUAAAUAAUUUUCAAUCAGAAAAAUUACGUUAUAUAUUAAAUGUUCUUAAACAUGUUCAUCGUAAUAUUAAUUUAUUUAAUGAAUUAAAUACAGAUCAUCUUUUACAUACAGUUAUUGUUGCUAUUGAUGCACAUUAUCGUGGUUUAAAAUUAACAGAAAAAUUAAUUCAUGAAAGUAUAAUACAUGCUAAAAAUGAUUUAAAUUUAAAAGGUGCAUUUUCAGAAGCAACAAGUCUUUAUUCAUCAAAAGCAUUUAUUAAACAAGGUUAUCAAAUAUAUGAUGAAAUUAUUUAUACUAAAUAUGAUGAUAUACGUUUAGCAAGUCUAGCUGGAGAACAUGAUCGAUGUCAAUUACUUGGUAAAACCUUGUAA